AUGGAGGAGCAGAAGUACCUGGAGCUCUACCUGGACCAGUGCGUUGCCCAGGAUGAUCUUGCCUCACCUGGGUCUCCCCUGUUCGGCCCAGUUGUACCUUAUGAUGUGUACAUACCGAAUCCAUCCAAUCCAAAGACUGCGUGUAACUCACAUCUUGAAGGAGUCAAAGAGCCAUCUGGUGAUUUCUCAUCUGUGGAUCUCAGCUUCCUACCAGAUGAACUAACCCAAGAAAACAGAGACCACACUGACAUUAGAAGCAAGCAUGAUAUUGGAGAAAAUUGUAAAACUGAAAGUCAACAAAGUGGGUCACUGUUAUCCAGUGAACAGGACAUCGGGCUGGGCAUAACCAGUGGCAGUUUGUCAGAGUCCCCUUCACAUCUGCGCACUGGUGAUGCUGACUCAGUCCAGCCCUCUCCUGGGAAUCCAGACUCCAACCCCUUGCCUCUGGCAUCCAUAACUCCCAUGAUGCCAAUGACCCCUGCUUCAGAAUGUUCUGAAAUUGUGCCUCAACUACAGAAUAUAGUUUCCACUGUAAACCUGGCCUGUAAAUUGGACCUGAAGAAAAUCGCUUUGCAUGCAAAAAAUGCAGAAUAUAACCCAAAGAGGUUUGCUGCUGUCAUAAUGAGGAUCCGAGAGCCCAGGACAACAGCCCUUAUAUUUAGCUCUGGGAAAAUGGUCUGCACAGGAGCCAAAAGUGAAGAGCAAUCUCGACUCGCAGCGAGAAAGUACGCUCGUGUGGUGCAGAAGCUUGGGUUCCCUGCCAGAUUCCUUGACUUUAAAAUCCAGAACAUGGUUGGAAGUUGUGAUGUGAGAUUUCCCAUCAGGCUGGAAGGUUUGGUGCUAACCCAUCAGCAGUUCAGUAGUUAUGAACCGGAACUGUUUCCUGGCCUUAUUUAUAGAAUGGUAAAACCACGCAUUGUUUUGCUUAUCUUCGUGUCUGGAAAAGUUGUGUUGACAGGUGCCAAAGAACGUUCUGAGAUCUAUGAAGCGUUUGAAAACAUCUAUCCUAUCUUAAAAGUUUUUAAAAAGGCCUGAACAUAUCAUUCAGCAUCUCACACUAUCUAUACUGGUAUGAAGAU